UGACGUAAGUAUUUAAAACAGACAAUUAGGGUUUAAGUUUCUCGCGUUUUCAUCAGGUAAGAUACUUAAGCCGAGAGCUCUCAGGGAGGUGAUUCGAGACCAAAAUGGCUAGAGGGUUGAAGAAACAUUUGAAGAGGCUCAAUGCGCCUAAGCAUUGGAUGCUCGACAAGCUUGGUGGAGCCUUUGCUCCCAAGCCUUCCUCUGGUCCACACAAAUCAAGGGAGUGUUUGCCGCUCAUCAUUAUCUUGCGAAACAGGUUGAAGUAUGCUCUCACAUACCGUGAGGUGAUUGCAAUUCUGAUGCAACGACAGGUUAUGGUUGAUGCAAAAGUGAGGACAGAUAAGACUUACCCAGCUGGUUUCAUGGAUGUUGUCUCAAUUCCAAAGACUAAUGAGAACUUUCGUCUCCUUUAUGACACAAAGGGACGAUUCCGUCUUCACGCUAUCAGGGAUGAGGAAGCCAAGUUUAAGCUUUGCAAGGUCCGAUCUAUUCAGUUUGGUACUAAGGGGAUUCCUUACCUUAAUACUUAUGAUGGUAGAACAAUUCGCUACCCCGAUCCUCUCAUCAAGGCCAAUGAUACCAUCAAGCUGGACUUGGAGUCCAAUAAGAUUGUUGACUUCAUCAAGUUUGAUGUUGGAAAUGUUGUGAUGGUAACUGGUGGUAGAAACAGGGGACGUGUUGGUGUUAUUAAGAACAGGGAGAAGCAUAAGGGUAGCUUUGAGACCGUUCACAUUCAGGAUGCCCUAGGCCAUGAAUUUGCUACUCGUUUGGGAAAUGUUUUCACCCUUGGCAAAGGUACAAAGCCAUGGGUGUCUCUACCUAAAGGAAAAGGUAUCAAGUUGUCCAUCAUUGAGGAGGCACGGAAGAGGCUUGCUGCUCAAUCAGCUACCACUGCCUGAAUACCCUCGUUGCUCAUUUCUUCAUUUCCUUACUCUUCAAGUAUGGAAAACUUAUGUUUUACAGUUUUGGACUCGAUGUUUCUAUUUGCUUAGUGAUGCCAUUUUUAUUAUGCGCCUUUUAUAUUGUACUUGUUCUCUUGGCAUAUUUUAAAUAGAUUAAAACUGUGUCUUUAUGAUAAUUUAAUUAGUUUCUACAGUUUAA